GGUUUUACUCAAGCACCUGGUAUAUGACACGUGCCAGAAGUAUGCUGCAGCAGGCUCUCAAAGUUUCCAGCCGAGGCGCAUCUCCCCUGGUGAAGUGGGCGGAGAAGUUGGUUGAGAGCGUCGCUCCACGUCCGAAAAGCCGCGAGACGCGCAAGGUGAAAAGUCUCGAGGAGAUGCCGGGACCCACUUUCUUCAGCUUCGCGUGGGACCUCAUAGGCAGGAGGGGUCUGUCCCGCCUGCACGAGCUGCAGCUAGAGGGUCUCCAACGGUACGGACCAAUGUGGAAGGCCAGUUUUGGGCCGAUCUUGACCGUCCAUGUGGCAGAGCCAGCGCUCAUAGAGCAAGUGCUGAGGCAGGAGGGACAGCACCCGAUUCGGUCUGACCUGUCCUCGUGGAAGGACUACCGACAGCUCCGGGGACACGGCUACGGACUGCUGACAGCUGAGGGAGAAGAAUGGCAGUGCGUCCGCAGCCUCCUGGGAAAACACAUGCUGCGUCCACGAGCGGUUGAGACCUACGAUGUUGUUCUUAAUGGUGUGGUGAGCGACCUCCUUGCCAAGCUACAGCUGCGUCGCCGACAAAGCGCCAGCGGUCUUGUCACCGACAUUGCCGAUGAGUUCUACCGCUUCGGCCUGGAAGGCAUUUCUUCUGUGCUGUUUGAGUCAAGGAUAGGCUGCUUGGAGCCUCACAUCCCCCCAGAAACGGACCGAUUUAUCCAGUCUAUCAACACGAUGUUUAUCUUGACUCUCCUCACGAUGGCUAUGCCAGGGUGGCUGCACCGGAUAUUCUCCAAGCCCUGGGACACUUUCUGUCAAUGUUGGGACUACAUGUUCCAAUUUGCAAAGGGCCAUAUUGAUCAACGUUUGGAGGAAGAAGCAAAAAAACUUGCAGCUGGGGAGGAAGUAGAAGGGCGGUACCUUACGUACUUCCUAUCCAGGCAGGGGUUGCCUAUGAAGACUGUAUAUAGUAAUGUCACCGAGUUGCUGUUGGCUGGGGUGGACACAAUCUCCAGCACCCUGUCCUGGUCCUUAUAUGAGCUGUCACGGCAUCCUGAGGUACAGAAUGCCCUGAGAGGAGAAGUCUUGACUGUCCUGAAGGGGGAGAAAACCCCCAGGGCCACAGAUGUGGCCAAGAUGCCACUAAUGAAAGCUGUUGUGAAGGAGGUGCUGAGACUUUACCCUGUUAUACCAGCCAAUGCCAGAGUCAUUGCUGAAAAGGACAUCCAGGUUGGAGACUACAUCAUUCCAAAAAAUACACUCAUUACUCUGUGCCACUACGCAACUUCACGCGACAGAAGGUAUUUCUCAGACCCUGACAAGUUCUUGCCUCGGCGCUGGCUGGGCCAGGAGCAGAGCCACCACCCCUAUGCCUCCGUGCCCUUUGGUGUGGGCAAGCGCAGCUGCAUUGGGCGACGUAUAGCCCAGCUGGAGCUCUACCUGGCCCUGGCACGGAUCCUGAUCCACUUUGAAGUGAAACCUGACCCACAGGGUGAAGCCGUCUGCCCCAUGACCAGAACUCUGCUGGUGCCAAAAAGUCCAAUUAACCUGCAAUUUAUUGAGCGUUGAUGUGAAGGGCACUGUGGAUAUGAAAGAGAUUUGCUCCCUGUAGCCUCUGGGAGGCUGAAGUGAGGGUUGAGUCAGGCAAAGAAAGCAGUGUUGUGGACUACAUAGGUUCUUGCCUGGUAUUGGUGGGCCUACAUAUGAUGCCCACUUGGGGGAAAUAAUUUUCCCAUUGUACUAUGAAAAGCAGUAACAAUGGCCUGAAACACUGAAAGGACAACCCAAACAAUAAGUGAUGCAUUUCCACUUUUGAAAUUUAAUUUGAUUGGAACAAUUUAGCAGCUGCACCUGUGGUCUCUGGGUAAUGUCCCUUUUUAGUUAGUAUUUUUUUUUUCAUAGCACAACUAUGCACACCUUUUGAGGCAGGAGGUUUUUUUUAGAUGCCAGAAACCCCAUGAUGACCCAGCCCCAUCCUGUGCAUGUUCCUGCUCUACAGUCCUUUAGGUAAUGUGG